AUGAAAAACACUAUUACUGUACUCUUAGUCGAUGAACCAUGCUCUAGACUCUUUCUUGACAUCAAUAAUACUGUUUACUGUUCUCAAAAGAACUAUCACUUGAUUAAUAAAUGUUCCAUUGAUGAUUAUGGAAAUACAUCGGUAAUUGCUGCAGGUAAUGGUACAGCAGGUUCAGCAUCGAAUUUAUUAUCUUCUCCUAUCGGAAUAUUUGUCGAUAUUAAUUUUAAUCUCUAUGUUGCCGAUGCUGGAAAUAAUAGAAUUCAAUUAUUUCAAUUUGGUCAAUUGAAUGCAAUCACAGUGGCAGGUGAUGGAGCAUCAAUCAACUUCGCGCUUGACUAUCCUACAGGAGUGGUUCUCGAUGCAGAUAACUAUUUGUUUAUUGUUGAUCAAAACAAUAAUCGUAUCAUUCGAUGGGGACCCAACGGCGUUCGUUGUUUAUUUGGAUGUUCGCAUCAAAGCGGCUUAGGAUCUGAUGAGCUAAGGCUUCCGUGGGGUCUUGCUUUCGAUAGCUAUGGCAAUGUGUUUGUUACUGAUUGGAGAAAUGGUCGAAUUCAAAAAUUCUCCUUUAUCAACAAGUCCUGUGGUAAGUUGAAUCAUUAAUAAUUUAUUGUGUAAAUGUGAAUAUCGCAUGUUAACUAGUGAUGAGAAUCAGAGAAAUAGAGUUUGAUCGCACCAAAAAGAAACUACAGCUUCAAAAGAAGCAAAAACAAAAUAGAGACGAUUCAAUUGAAAGAAGCACAUUAAUAUGUAGCAACCCAGGUCAAUGAUUCCGGACAACAGAUCCUGCAGGAACCGGCAGGAAAAUGCGGGAAAAUUCACCGUAUCCUGCAGGAAAACACCGGAAGUCGCCGGAACUGGGUGGCAGUAUUCCG